CAGGCUCGUUGUCGGGAGCGCGCUCUGUGUGGCCGCUGCCGCCAUGUUGUUGUGGUUGUGAGAAGGCGGCGGCAGCGGCGGAGCAGCCGAUCAAGACGCCCCAGCGGCCCAGGCGCUGGCCCCCGCCGGCCCUGGCUGGGAGCCUUGUAGGGUGGCGGAGGAGGCCGUGCCGUGACAGGCCUAGCCAUGUCCUGCCGCCCGAUUUUCUUGUGAAACCCUUCUAGUAGAAAAAGUUCUUGGGAUAAACUUCAUUUGACCCAGGCAUAAAGGAAAGAAAAGCCUUGCCAGAUAUUGAAGAAGGGACGGGGAUCUCUCCUCCUAAUCUUGUCCUCCUGUCAUGAGGCACCUACUGUAUUGGAUGGAACACUUAUGAGGGAUGAAGAGACUCGGCACAGCCUUGAGUGCAUCCAGGCCAACCAGAUCUUUCCCAGGAAACAGCUGAUCCGGGAGGAUGAAAAUCUUCAGGUUCCUUUCCUUGAACUUCAUGGAGAAAGCACAGAGUAUGUGGGCCGUGCUGAAGAUGCCAUCAUUGCCCUUUCUAAUUACAGACUUCACAUCAAGUUCAAGGAGUCUCUUGUUAAUGUUCCAUUACAGCUUAUAGAAAGUGUUGAAUGCCGAGAUAUAUUUCAGCUUCAUUUGACUUGCAAAGACUGCAAAAUUAUCAGGUGUCAGUUCUCAACCUUUGAGCAAUGUCAAGAGUGGCUUAAGAGACUGAACAAUGCAAUCCGACCACCUGCUAAAAUAGAAGAUCUCUUCUCAUUUGCAUACCAUGCUUGGUGCAUGGAAGUCUACGCCAGUGAAAAAGAGCAACAUGGAGACCUGUGCAGACCAGGGGAGCACGUAACGUCAAGGUUUAAAAAUGAAGUGGAGCGGAUGGGUUUUGAUAUGAACAAUGCCUGGAGGAUUUCCAACAUCAAUGAGAAGUACAAGCUGUGUGGUAGCUAUCCACAGGAGCUAAUAGUGCCUGCCUGGAUCACUGACAAAGAACUAGAGAGUGUAGCAAGCUUCAGGUCCUGGAAGCGCAUCCCUGCUGUCGUCUACAGGCACCAGAGCAAUGGAGCUGUCAUUGCCCGCUGUGGACAGCCGGAGGUCAGCUGGUGGGGCUGGCGAAAUGCUGAUGAUGAGCACCUGGUGCAGUCAAUAGCCAAAGCUUGUGCCUCUGACUCCCGAUCUAGUGGCAACAAGCUGUCAGCUAGGAACAGUCCUCGAGACUUUGCCAACGCGGGAGACCUUUCUGAUGUGGAGUUUGACUCUUCUCUGUCCAAUGCUUCAGGAGCAGAGAGUUUAGCCAUCCAGCCACAGAAGCUUUUGAUCCUGGAUGCACGCUCCUAUGCAGCAGCUGUAGCGAACCGAGCCAAAGGAGGAGGCUGCGAAUGCCCAGAGUAUUACCCAAACUGUGAAGUUGUGUUUAUGGGGAUGGCAAAUAUUCAUUCAAUUCGGAGGAGUUUUCAGUCUCUGCGAUUGCUAUGCACACAGAUGCCGGAUCCAGGAAAUUGGCUCUCAGCUCUCGAAAGCACAAAAUGGCUCCAUCACCUCUCUGUGCUUUUGAAGUCGGCACUUUUGGUCGUGCAUGCUGUGGAUCGUGAUCAGCGACCAGUGCUAGUGCACUGUUCAGAUGGCUGGGACCGCACCCCCCAGAUUGUGGCAUUGGCUAAGCUCUUGCUGGACCCUUAUUACCGAACUAUAGAGGGUUUCCAGGUCCUCGUGGAGAUGGAGUGGCUGGAUUUUGGCCACAAGUUUGCUGACCGAUGUGGUCAUGGGGAGAACUCGGAUGAUCUGAACGAGCGUUGCCCAGUGUUUCUGCAGUGGCUUGACUGUGUUCAUCAGCUUCAGAGGCAAUUUCCUUGCUCUUUUGAGUUCAAUGAAGCAUUCCUUGUGAAACUGGUGCAACAUACCUAUUCCUGCCUCUUUGGAACAUUCCUGUGCAACAAUGCCAAGGAGAGAGGAGAAAAGCAUACUCAGGAACGGACAUGUUCUGUGUGGUCGCUGCUGCGGGCAGGCAACAAAGCUUUCAAGAACCUACUGUACUCCUCUCAGUCAGAAACCGUACUGUACCCCGUGUGCCACGUGCGUAACCUGAUGCUGUGGAGUGCGGUGUACCUGCCCUGCCCAUCCCCGUCCACCCCAGCGGACGACAGCUGUGCACCAUACCCAGCCCCUGGUACCAGCCCUGAUGAUCCGCCCCUGAGUCGGCUACCAAAAACUAGAUCAUUUGACAAUCUGACCACAGCCUGCGACAACACGGUGCCUCUAGCCAGCCGGCGCAGCAGUGACCCAAGCCUGAAUGAGAAGUGGCAGGAGCAUCGGCGCUCGCUGGAACUGAGCACCCUGGCCAGUCCUGGAGAGGAGCCUCUUGAUCCUGACAGCCUGGGGAAGCCGACCAAAGUGCUGGGUGGCGCCGAGCUGUCUGUUGCAGCUGGAGUGGCUGAGGGGCAGAUGGAGAACAUUUUGCAAGAGGCCACCAAAGAGGAGAGUGGGGUAGAGGAGCCUACCCAGAGGGCGAGGCAGGAGGUCAAAGAGGAGGAGGCUCAUCUAGAAAAGGAGAGCAGGGGGAAGACCCCUGAGGGCCCAGCUGUCAUACUUCAUCAGGAACCAGAACUGGGGGGUGCUGCUCUGAGGAGUGAUCUGGGCACCAGCCUUCUUCUGUUCUCACAGGGUAUUCCUGAGCAGCAGGGUGGGCACAAUGUAGUCCCCAGUUGUCUCCAGGAGCCCCCCAAGGGAGAGGAUGCCCAGGACAUCCCUGUGGAACAGUCUCGAAUAGGAGCUAUCGCAGAGGACAGGGAGGAAGCUGUCCUUCCAAUCCCAGUAGAUGCGAAAGUUGGCUAUGGUACCUCACAGUCAAGUUCUCUGCUGCCCUCCCAAGUCCCAUUUGAGGCCAGAGGACCAAACACGGACAGUUCCAUGGACAUGUUAAUGGAAGAUAAAGCAAAGUCAGAAAGUGGGCCCCAAGACCAUCAUAGACCUUGCCUGGUAACCAGUGGCAGGUUCAGUGGCAAGGACGUGCUCCCUCAAGCCAUGGAGCCCAGGCCUUUGGAGAGGAGCCUGGCUGAGAGGCCCCAGGUGGGAUCUCUGGUGCAUAGGACUUCCCUUGGUAGCACCCACAGCCCGACGCAUUCUCCUUGUGCCUUGCCUUUAGCCGAAUGUAAAGAGGGGCUUGUGUGCAAUGGUGCCCCAGAGACUGAAAAUAAGGCCUCAGAGCAGCCCCCAGGGCUUAGUACCCUCCAGAAGCACCACACCCCCAAUGGGCACUGCGCCAAUGGGGAGGCUGGUAGGAGCAAGGACUCCCUGAGCCGCCAGCUGUCUGCCACAAGCUGCAGCUCUGCGCACUUACACUCGAGGAACUUGCACCACAAGUGGCUGCACAGCCACUCAGGGAGGCCAUCUGCAACCGGCAGCCCUGAGCAGCCUUCCCGUAGCCACCUAGAUGACGAUGGCAUGCCUGUGUACACGGACACUAUCCAGCAGCGCCUGCGUCAGAUUGAGUCAGGCCACCAGCAGGAAGUGGAGACCUUGAAGAAGCAAGUCCAGGAGCUGAGGAGUCGCCUGGAGAGCCAGUACCUGACCAGCUCCCUACGCUUCAAUGGGGACUUCGGGGAUGAGGUGAGUCCUUCAGAGAAAGGAGGACAGGCCCAAAGCACUCAGUUUCAACACACAGAUACUUCAAUUCCUGACUCGGAAAGCAAUCUGGAUCAGAACUGUUUGUCUCGCUGCAGCACAGAGAUUUUCUCUGAAGCCAGCUGGGAGCAGGUGGAUAAACAGGACACGGAGAUGACCCGUUGGCUCCCUGACCACCUGGCUGCCCACUGCUAUGCGUGCGACAGCGCCUUCUGGCUUGCCAGCAGGAAGCACCACUGCAGGGACACUGACCGUGUUGAUCAAACGUGGAAUUGUGGGAACGUAUUCUGCUCCAGUUGUUGUAAUCAGAAGGUUCCAGUUCCCAGCCAACAGCUCUUUGAACCUAGUCGAGUGUGCAAGUCUUGCUAUAGCAGCCUACAUCCCACAAGCUCCAGCAUUGACCUUGAACUGGAUAAACCCAUUGCUGCCACUUCAAACUGAAGCUCAGUGACCUGGGGCGGGCAGAGGCCAAGCUGCAGUUCCUCUGACAGGCCCACACAGCCUGGGCAGACCGAGAGGCCCGUGCACUUUGGAAUGGGGACAUGGAACCACCUGUGCAGAAUGAUGGAAAUUUGGGAUGUACCACUGGAUUGUAGAUUGAUACCCCCUCCCAUUUUUUUUUCCUCCCUUUUCUAUCCUUCUGUCUCCAAAAAAGAAAAAAGUCCCCUCAUCUCAAUUUUUUUUUUUUUUUUUUUUGGAUGAAAGAUCAGAGGUUGCCAGGCUCCUGUAACUAUUGAGCUGCCUGCUGUCAGGUGAUGCUGAGGUUUGGCUUGGUUCCUCAGAAUGGGAGGAAGCUGGUUGAGUCAGGAGUGGAGGCCUGAGAUAGUGAGCAGGGAAUAAAGUCACUGCUGAUGUUUGUGACUGUUACUGCCGCAUCAGAGCUGGUUGGAAAAACCUUGCUGCUGAGGACACUAGAAAUAUCUGCCCCAGGUGCAGUGCUCCAGGUCCCCUCUCCCUCCUGAGAGAGGCUGGGCCAGUCCCACCCCACAGCCAGAUAAAUGGGAUUGGCAUUUGGAGGGAGGGGCAUGUAGUAAACGGAACCCCGAAGGCCCCCCCUUUGGGGAAGGAAAGGGUACGUUCCUCUGAGGCAAGUGAGAGGGCUGGGAAUGGGUGACCAGCAUAUUCUUCCCACUGGGAUUCCCUUUUUAUCUUAACCCAGAUUGUCUAGGGCUGCCUUCACUGUCAGCCUCCCUCAGCCAGGCUGUGUAGCACUUCCCACCCUCAGGCAUAAGGGUGCAGACUGGCCAGAGUGCAGUGUCCUGCUGCUGUGGCCAAGGCCAAAGUAUGCCCUGAGCCCAGGCACACCUGGAAGCUCCUUCCCGGGCCUGCUCCCCCAGAUAGUCUCUCUUCCUUCCUCAGCCAGCACAGGGAAAUCCAGACUCAGGGUUCGAAAAACUCCCCGCUCCCAAACCAAACCAAUCAUGGAUCUCCCCUUUAAGGGGCAGAAUCAGCCUUUCAGAGUACAAGCCUCUGGAAAAGGGAGCAUGUUCCAUACAAUCAGCCUUCCCCUGCCGCCCCUUCUUGGAGCGGUGGGAAGGGCCCAGCAAUCCCACUGCCCUGCUCCUGUGCUGCUGGCCAGCAGUGAGGGGCCACUUGGUGACUCUGCAGAGUUCCUUAGAGAAGUAACAGCCCGUAGGAGAUGCAAGGCACCUUUCCUCAGUAAGCUCUGAUGUGGUCCAAAAAGAGCCUUAAAUCAAGAAUAUCUGUGGUGGAGGCGCGUAUGGAGAAGAGUGGAAAAGAGUUUAGGUUUGUGCUUUGUUAUCUUGGCAUCCAUGUUUUGUGCCUGCCCUCCCUCCUAGGGGAAGGGCUAUGCUUGGCUCUGCUAAAAGCUGCUAGCUGGUAACAGGGCGCAUUGUGGUGGGCAGUGGGGGUGAGGUCAGGGAACUGUUCUGACUCUUUGGAAGCAGUUCCCUGGCCACAGGCAAGUUGAGUCUCAGGAAGGUGGCUCCUGUGUGUGCCUGGGUACAGUUAAGACGUGACCCAGAAGCCUUCCCUGGAGCUGUCCAGGCAAAGCCAAGAGCAUCUGAGUACGUCUCUGACUUCCCAGUGGCAGCAGGUUGCUCAGAAUUUGAGUUUAGUGAAACAGGGUGUAAGUUCUUCUCCACACUCUGUGUGGUCUGGCCUUGCAGAUAGGGAGAAGUCAGUCUAAUUAAAGAUUGUGCAGUUCCUAGUGACAGGUGCCAAGAGGUUAUGAUACGGGUUUCUUGGGUCUGAUGUACAGUGUGAAUAAAUGCUUGCAGCUCUUAAGCCCUUUUUUGAUCAAUGAAGCACUUUUUUAUUAAUAUUUUCUUUGUAUGUAAAGGAGGAACCGUAACUCUCCGUAGCUGUAAAUAUAACCCUUUUCUCUUAAAGAGGAGUCAGUGCUCCUAUAUUUUUCAUUUUUUUGUCAAAGCAAGAAGUAAAUACUUUAGAACUGUUAAAUAUAUAAAUAAAGUAAAUAAAGUUUAGUGUUCCGCAUGGUA